ACUGGAACAGGCUCAUAGCCAAACAUGCCUCUCUAAGUCGUAAACAGGGUUCGGAAAGAUGAAAUGUACAUGUCCCUUACCCCUCUACUGUGAUCUGAUAUAAAGCUAGUCAUCCGCUAGUUCAUUGAGUGUAGCACUCUGGAGAACAUUCGAUUUAGUGCCAGAAUUUAUGAGAUAAAGGAGGUUCUGGCUUUAUUCUGUCUUUUAUAUCGACUACUAACAUUUUAAAGUAGCUUUCUUGACUUUUCUUGAUAGACGACUAUCAUAGCCUUAUGGGAAAUUCAUUGAUAUGUUUUGGUCACAAGGGUCACAGAGAAAGGACUUCCAAGUGGUCUAAGAAGUCGUUAUCGUUUAUAGAAUCGGGGCAGAAAUUAAAUACUGCAUUGAGAUCACGGUCAUCAUCAUCAACUGCAGUGAAGAAAGAAGUCAUAGAUAAUGAUGAGCUUAUUCGGCAACAAGCUCUUGCAGCGCUAAUGCUUCUUAGGCAGCAUCAGCAGAAUGGUUCUGUAACUCGAUUUGAUAGGUCAAACUCUGUCCAGUAUCCAUUUUCAUCUUCCAAGAGACAGAAUAAGCUGCCCAGAAGUGCAAGUUCAAGGGCAGGUUCAUUGUUGGAUCUUCCUCAAUAUCACCAAAAUACGAAUCAGGAUUUGAAGGUGGAAGAUCUUGAAACGAAGCAUUUUGUUCUAGUCCAUGGAGGUGGAUAUGGGGCGUGGUGUUGGUAUAAGAGUAUGGCACUACUGAGAGAAGCUGGAUUUGAUGUCGAUGCUGUAGAUUUAACCGGCUCUGGAAUUGAUACCACCGACACAAACAGCAUCACUUGUUUUGCUCAAUAUGUAAAACCUCUCAUUGAUUUUCUAGAUAAUCUCGGUCAAGGCCAAAAGGUGAUUUUGGUUGGACAUGAUUUUGGCGGUGUUUGUGUUUCUUAUGUGAUGGAAAUGUUUCCGUCCAAAGUCUCAAAAGCCAUUUAUAUUGCUGCAGCAAUGCUGUCUAAUGGGAAAAGUACGCUUGCUACGUAUCAACAACAGCCCUCAAGUGAUCUGAUGCAACAAGCUCAGAAAUUUGUAUAUGCUAAUGGGAAAGAUAAUCCCCCAACUUCAAUUUUCCUUGAGAAAACAUUACUAACAGACGUGUUAUAUAACCGGAGUCCUUCUAGGGAUGCCAUAUUAGCCUCAGUGUCGAUGAGGCCAAUGCCGUUUGCACCAAUUAUGCACAAUCUGGCUCUUUCUGAAGCAAACUAUGGUUCCAUUCCGCGGUUUUAUGUCAAGACAGACGAAGAUUUUGCAGUCCCAGCAGGUCUCCAGGAUUUCAUGAUCGAUUCAGACCCUCCUGAAGAUGUUUUUACGGUUAAAGGCUCCGAUCAUUCCCCUUUUUUCUCAAAGCCUCAGGCUCUUCACAAGAUUUUGGUAGAGAUUUCGAAACUUCCAUCCAAAAACAAACGUCAAGCCGUGGUAAAAUUGAGUGGAUAGUUAGUAUUAAUCUGUUCUAGAAAGAAAUGUUAAAUGCACCCCUGUAGCUGGCAAUGGUUACACCAGCAUCCCUACAUCCUUAUAAGCAUGUCGUCACAGUCUGGUAUCGAUCACCGUCUGCAUUGUUUUCCAAAUUUCAACGCUUUUUUGGGUCC